AUGGCCCAUCUUCUGCAGCACAUCUCUAAUCGGAAACCUUUGCUAACGCAGAGUCAGCGACCAGGCGCUUCCAUCCACCCAGGGCGCGCCGAAUUACGGUCCUUCUUUACGUCAUUGUCCCUCUUGCCUGCCCACGGAACGAAUCUCGGCGCGGGCCUUAUAUCACCUUCUCAAGCUCAGGCAUGUUGUAUGCCGCAAGUGCUCGACUCGCGGACCUCUGCAUCAUUUCAGGCCGUCACCGUGUCACGGCAAAUCCCAGCAUGUGGUGCGGUGGUACAACUCACAAAGACCGUUGGAAGUGCACCACCCAGCCCGACGGCUGCUUGCAACCGUAACCACACGGCAGCCGCCGCUGCAACCACCAAGUGCCGAAUUAGCAGAAACAGUCCCUUACAACGGACCGAACCAUCAGGCUGGUUUGAACGCACGAGCACAAGCACGAUCUAUCACACUCCUACUGCGGAACCAGCAAGUUCAACAGACGAUUUCGAUUUCGAUUUCGAUUUCGAUACCCGACGGACAUGGCGCGCAUGUCCGCCCCCAAGAUCCAAUGUCAGAGCCGUUUCGGACACCAGCGGCAACCCCUUGCUAGAUAUCGCCUUAUUGCCUACAGCCCGCGCGCCAACUUCGAUUUGGUUGCAGAAUUGUGUCCCUCUGAUUCAGAAUGUGGGUACCAUCAUGCACAAUCGGGGUGUUAUUCGCUCGUAA